GAAUCUGCUCUUAUAAAAUGCGCUCUUUACUCCUUCCACUCGUUUCAUUAGCCCUUGCCGUCGUUUCCUUGGCUGAUCCCGUUAUAUCACCCUACGUCUUACACGAAAAGCGAAGCAGUGCACCGCAAGGAUGGUCUCGCGCUGGUAAACACAACUCUGCAGCCAUUAUCCCUCUACGUUUUGCUAUUGCCCAAAGUAACAUUGAGAAUAUCGGCGAGUAUCUCUACGAUAUCUCAUCACCUGGAUCCUCCAACUACGGGAAUCAUUGGACUGCAGGUGAAAUAGCAGCUAAAUUUGCUCCUAGCCAUGAUUCUGUCGAUGCUGUUCGCUCCUGGCUCAUGCAAAGUGGUCUUGAGCCCGAGCGCAUCAAACUGACACGCACCAAAGGAUGGAUUGAAGUCAAGGCUACCAUUGAAGAGGCAGAGGCUCUUUUGCAAGCCGACUAUCACGUGUAUAAACAUGAGACUGGCAAAGAACACAUUGCCUGCGAGAGUUACCACCUACCUGCUCACAUCACACCUCAUGUCGACUUUGUCACCCCCACCGUCCACUUUGAUGCCAAAUUAUCGAAGCGAUCGGACCCCGUUAGUGAUCCUACUCGAGUUGGACUACCUGGCAGUGGUAAUGGUCCGAAGACCACGGGUACUGUCGACGAUCUCCUGGGUCUGGUCGGUGAACUCGAAAACUGCGACAAGCAAAUUACUCCCGCCUGUCUCCGUGCUCUGUACGGCUUAGUCUAUGAUCCUGUUGCCACAUCAAAAAACAGUUUUGGUAUCGGCACCUUCGCAGUGGAAUACACUCCCCAAGCCUAUCUUCAGAGUGACAUGGAUAUCUUUGCUGAAAAAUAUGCCAGUAUUCUUAACAGCACUCAGUUCGCCCCCGACAUAAUUUCAAUUGACGGAGGCAUCAUUCAAACCACAAAUAAAGGCUACGCAUACAACGGAGAAUCCAGCCUUGACUUGCAGUAUGGCAUGACAUUAGUCACAUCCAAACAGAACGUUACUCUGUAUCAAGCUGGAGAUAUUAACAUAGGCGCAUCAUUUAACAACUUCCUCGAUGCGAUAGAUGGCUCAUAUUGCACAUUCGAGGGUGGAGACGAUCCUUCAGAAGACUCUACAUAUCCGGACACCCAGCCUGGCGGAUACGACAAACCGGAAGAAUGUGGCACAGUCAAGCCUGCAAAUGUUAUAACCACUUCAUAUGGUCACAAUGAGGCAGAGAUUACCCCGUUCUAUGCUGCCCGUCAAUGCGCUGAAUAUGCAAAACUUGGACUUAUGGGUGUUACUGUCUUGUACAGCUCUGGUGACAAUGGUGUCGCAGGUAAUGUUGACGUGUGCUUGAACCCUAAUGGCACCCAAACCGCGGAUGGCAAGAUCUUCAACCCCACUUUCCCUGGAACCUGUCCGUAUAUCACCUCCGUUGGAGCAACUCAAAUCAACCCCAACUCCAGUGUGCUCGAGCCAGAAAGCGCAUGCGAACAGGUCAUUUAUUCCAGUGGAGGCUUCAGCAACUACUUCGCCAUCCCUGAUUACCAGAAAGACGCCGUGGCAAGCUACCUGAAGAACUACCCCCCUUCAUACCCUGAUAGCAUCUGGAACUCAACGGGAACGUCCCGCGCUUUCCCAGAUCUUUCUGCUAAUGGAGCUAACUACGUAGUAACUAUUGACGGCAACUUCAGCCUUGUUUAUGGCACUUCUGCUUCAUCUCCCGUCGUUGGUGCCAUCUUGACCAUGGUCAAUGACGCACGACUUGCUGCGAACAAGAAACCCAUUGGAUUCAUCAACCCUACCAUAUACUCGAGUAACUUCUCUGACGCCUUCAACGAUAUCACCAACGGCUCGAACCCAGGCUGUGGUACUCUAGGCUUCAACUCCACUCCUGGAUGGGACCCCGUCACUGGUUUGGGUACCCCCAGGUUCCCCAAGCUCCUUGAAUACUGGCUCCAGAUGCCCUAAAGGAUCUACAGUUUUCCUUACGUACUGCUUAUCACACUUACUCUGGCAAAUUGCAGUGCCAAAUGUGGAACGAUCACCCAAUGCUCGCGUAUUUGGUGCCUUUGCUAUAUUUACUAUAUUAUAUUGUUUGCAAUGGACUCAGGUUUUUCUUAUUCUCCCAAACAGAAGUUCGUGGUAUCCACAUUCAGUACUUCCUUCAUCUCGCGCUAGCUGUUCGACGCCUGAGGUAUGCUUUUACAACAAGUUGUUCAAUCCUGUUUAAGAGCGGAGGAGUCAUUGUCGAAUCAGAUGACAAUCAAUAACACCACAGAUGAUCAGAACUAUCAAUAUGCCCAGUACUUAUGUUUUUUCAAACGCACCUUUGCUUGAACAUCAAAGCCACCCCCUGACUCAUGAUACCUUUGAUUAAUUGUGCUGUAAGGCCACGGUAAAGAGCGAAGAUGCCUCCACGAGCAUACAGUGAGCUGAUUAUAGAUUGGAUUGUCGGGGUUGGACGGGGCGACUUAGUUGAUGUGCUAGAUGACACAGCAUCUUGUGAAGUCCGUGUCACUUGUACGAGUGUCUUAGCAAGGAUGAAAGGAUAUAGAACAGCCACAGCUGAAUGGUGCCCAUCAGCCUUCAAGGAAAAUCAGUCAUUGAAUGCGAAGGAGAAUGAAUACCGAAUGAAUUUGCCAAAGCCCCGCCUAUAAAUGCUUGCUGUGGCGUCGGGGUGGAAAGGU